AUGUACGCCUCCAAAGCCUCCAAACUCUCCAACCCCUCCCAACAAACUCCGAAAAAAGUAAAGGAGAUCAGUACCGCAAUCUUCAUGUUCAUACUCUGUGCACUGAGCUACGCACUUUUUGUUUUCGUCAUCUUUGGAUUGAAGGAGAUGAUUGUCAAGGGGGUUGGAAUGAGCGGUGCGAACAAAGCGACCUUCGGGGACGAGAGAGUGGGUGGGAUGGUUAGAGGGAGAAGGAUGUUUGAGAAUAAAGGUCAUUGA